AAAAAAUACACUUGUGAACAUCCCUCAUUCCCUCGUGCCUCAAACCACGCCACAUGUUUCUUCUCCUAGUCUCUUCUCCCCAUUUCACAAAGCAUUUUGCCAUUCACUGCCUCAAACCACAGGAUUACACAAAGGUCGAUGGCACCCAACCCUUCUUAUUCACAAUAUCCAUUUCCUCCUUCCAUGGAUGGGAUCUCAUUUGAACCGGACAAAUGCUUGACAAUUUGAUUUGUUUUUUUACUUGCACAUAACAUUCCGAACUUCCAUUCUUCGAUUUAUUUAUCUCCGAUUCUCCUCCGUGGCAUGAUCAGUCAAAAUUACAGAAUUUAGGUCCGUAAGAGAGCUAAGCAAAGUGAGACAGAAACAUAUGCAGAAAGGUCACCCUGAUUCAAAGUAGCGGACAAAAGCAAAUUGGAAAUUUCAAAUGGCACUUCAAACAUUGCAAAGAUUUUAAUUAUUUCUUUCGCUUGCUUAUUGUUUCUUUCAAAAGGCAUGAGAGCUAAGCAUUAAUUGUUGUUGUUUUUCAACACUCCUUGGGGUGUUCACCACUAUUUGUUUGAGUAGCUUUGUUAACCACACUGCACAUCUCACUGCUAUUUAUUUAAUUAAAAAACCACCGCCCAAAAAAUACUUGUAUAACAGUUGUAAAUUCCCGUUUGUAAAAUUUGUGAUUUAGUGGGAUUCUAAAAGUCACCUCCAUUACUGUAUAACAGUUGGGAAUUUAAAAGGUUACUUCAGUCAUUGCUCUGUCAUUUAUUGUUACUCUACUCCAUAUAGCUUUCAGUAUUCCGUGCAAGGUGUGUUCUAUCAUUAACGUAGCACCACUGUUUUAAAGGAUGCUGCACUCCCCGCUCAAAAUCCCGCCCAAACUACUACUGCCACUUUUCCGUUUUAAUAUAUAAUAUAGAUUCAUACGUAACUUUAGUAUGACUAGUAUCCAAUUUGAUGAAAUACUAUCUUUUAUUUGUCUAACUAGAAGUUUCCAUCUCUUCAAACAAAAAAAAAAACAAAAAACUAGAAGUUUCCAAAAAUGGAAUCUGCGAUAUUUGGAAACACAUUCGGCGGCGAUAGAUAGAGACAUCAUUCGACGACAAUUCUAUCGUUCAAAGUAGGAUCCUCAGCUUCUCCGUUUUCGCGCUCGAUAAGCAUGGCAGUGGAGUAUUACCUGCACUGGCACCUGGACAUCGAAGAAGAUGAUGCCGACCUUAAAAAGUCGUCUCUGGUGAGGAUGUAUUUGGACCGGACUACCUCCUAUAUUAAGACAUGGUGGUUGGAUAUCAAUGAACCCGACUGGAACAAGCAACUUAUGUAUAGGAUUGAGGAGAAUGUUGACGUGAGCGGCAAAUGUGCGGAGAAUAUUGAGUUGGAGAAGAUCCUCAGGGGAGGAUUUGCAAAGGAAGAAGAAGAAGAACUUACGACUUUAAUUGCGGAUAAAGUACUCUCCCCCCUUGAGCCCGUAGUCUCCCGAGACGGACUGAAGGACUUGGCAAGCGUAUUGGUAAAGGGAUGUCGUGAUCGGCUUAUUCUUCUCAUCAAUGACAACCCCAACUCAAACUCAAAGUUAUUCUCAAUUGGCGUGGCUGCAAGUAUACAACUCUCUGUAACUUUGGUAUUAGGCGCCCCAACCCCGUACCAAGUUUUCCUGCAGCAGCCGGGGGAGGAAGUUUUCGACCCAUCAUCUCCAAUGCCUCUGCCAAUUGUAGUGCCGGAUGGCUACGAUUUCUUCCAACUUGGCGUUGGUGCAAACGAGGAUGAAGAAAAAACAUGUGCAAUUUGUUUUGGCAAGUACGAACCGCAGUGCCUCAUGAUUCGCCUCCAAUGUAUGGAUGAACUUUUGCCCGAUCGUAAGAAGCAUACCCACAAGGAGGCGGAGGCCGCAGCAGCAAUAUUGCUGCCAUGUUACCACAUAUUUCAUGCAAAAUGCAUUGUCGGGUGGUUUAAGGUCCGAGGUCAUCAUAGCAAACAUCCCACAACCGGUUAUAUUACUUGCCCUCUAUGCAGGUUUGGUAUUCCCUCCCGCAUUUAUGUGCUUUCUCUUUUACACAACUUUCCUCUUAAACUGAUGAGAGUUGAGCAUUUAAGAAUGGAUGUUAAGUGAACCAGUCUGGGCCACCAAGCCCAUUAUGUUUGUAUGUAUUCCAAGCCUUCCCCUGAGCAACAUACCAAAGAAGAGAGAACUUGUGCCAUUUUUAGUGUGCUGACGGAUGAGUUUGAAUUUUCAAUUUUGUUACUAGUCAUUUUUCAGAUUUUCCCAUCCUUUCUACGUGUAAUUUAUUCAUACGUUAGUUGUUUUGAUGGCAGCUGACAGAUUUUCCCAUGUACUUGUUAUUUCCGUUAACAAUACCACUUGAGCCAACUAACAAAUAGUGUGGUGAGCAUAGUGUAUCCAAUUUUUGUUGUGAAAUUGGAUUAAAAAGAAUGUUUUUGCCCGGCUUAAUUUCUCUGCAAAGCCAUUUUAUAGACAAAGUAAAAUAAACCUAGUUGCUGCAAAUUGCUUACUCUAACUUCCUCUCGCAUUGUGGUAAACUUAUGAAUACAUUCAAAUGUCGAAAUGGACAAUCCCUGCACCAUUUGGGCACCAUCAAUGACUGGAAGAGUGAAAUUUGGCUCUUUGUCCUUGGCAUUAAAGCUGCUGGCAAGCAUGGCUUUCAAAGCCCAAAAUGCAUUAACAUCUUGUUUUAAUUUUGUUAGAAGUGCAGUUGAGUGUAAGAUCACUAUGACACUAUAUAUAGCUUGGGUUGUGCUCAGUACUCUUUUAGGAGCAUACUAAUAAUGAAUAAAACUUCAAGUUCUGAUUUUGGAACCAUACAUCUACAAACUAAAAGCCAUGUACUUUGGAACCAUACAUCUACAAACUAAAAGCCAUGUACUAUUGUAAUAUAUUUAUAUAUGCAAAAUUGAAUGUACUCUGGACAAGUUUUAGUUUCCCUGAAAGUGUACGAUGCAGUGGUGUUAUAAUGAUUUCCCACCGCAAUGGCGCGGUAAGAAUCCUCUUUCUCUGCUUUGUUUUCCCUUCAUUGUGAUGCUUUUGAAUUUCUUUUGGUGUCCUUGUGCACAGUUAAUUACUCUCUGCUUGGGAAGAUAUUAGCUGAAAAUGCAACUGGUAUGAUUUAGUCUCAAUGAGCCAAAAUGAAUGAUACUACGUAUGAUUUAAUGUGGUCCAAAUUACAAUCAUUCCUGCCUAACCUCAAAUUCCAAGCUUCUCCCAUGCUUUGAUUUCUAGUUUCUACCAUUGGAUUGAAUUUAUUUCAUUGAACUUUACGAGUCAAGUGUUACUACUCCAGUCUUAAUCUUCCAACUUUCUAAGUGUAUUCAGC